UGUGAAAACAGGCUCCCUCUCUCCCUCCCUCUCUCUCUCUCUCUCUCUUCGCAAUACAUACCCCAUUCUGUCUGUUCUGGAUUACGACCGCCGGCUGGCUUUCUCGCCAAGGACGCACUAUCAGGGGUUCCUAGCUGGAUCCAUCGCGGGCAGCGCGCUCCAAUGACACGGCCGUUCCCCCCCAUCCAAUAUUGGGCCUGGCGUUCAGCUGAAGGAAUGGCGUGGCUCCGGGACAGAGCCUCAUGCUGCUCAAAAGCGGGACGCAGCCGUUGGUUGCUGGGCAUCCAGAUGCCCGGUUCCUCUCUUUUGCAAAAUUCCUCACAAGGUCCUCGUCUUCCUGUUGGGAGUCGCCUGAGUGCUCGACCGUUGUUGACCCUCCACAGCUCAUAACGGGUUCACUUUGCUCCCUUUCUUCCCUCCCGGACCAUGAGCAGGGCCCUUCGCUGCGCGGCCUUGAGCUGUGCUCUUGGCCUCGCUGAAGCCAAAGCGUUGAAAUGGGGUGCGGAUGCGGCAACAUGGGUUCCCGCUCGAGAGACGGUGACGUUUGGCGUUAUGUCCAGACUAGGCAUGAUCGAACCAACUCCGACACCCGCCCCUUACCCGCAGGGUGAGCCCAGGAAGGUGGAGGCUCGAGGCACGACAGAUAAUACCUGCGGGUAUAUGAGCGGGAUAUUGACGUCAUCACUAUAUUGCGAUCCAACCGCGUCUUGUGUAUACAACGAGUCCAAUAUGCACAUCGGAUGCUGCGAUGACGGCGAGACCAGGUGCCCGAUUUGGACGACGUGCUACGACUCCACGGACAGCGCGAAGUAUACCACAAGAAACGGCCUGACGCUGUGGUGCGGCCAGUCCGAAUAUCCUCACUGCUUCACUCAUACCUACGAAGACCAAGCCCUCAAAGGCUACACCGUGCUCGGCUGUGCUGUAGCCGGCGGGACAGGAAAGGUCUGGUACAGCCCUACCUCGAGGCCCAGCAGCAGCGAUUCAAGCAGCACCAGCAGCACAUCUUCCAUCUCGGACCCUACUUCGACCUCCAGCUCUCCCACCACAAGAGCCGCAGCCGCAACGGAUGGCCCUAACGGCGGGUCUAACGGCGAUUCCAAUUCCGACGGCGAUUCCAACGGAAGCUCAUCGUCCUCGACCCCAGUGGGACCGAUCGUCGGCGGUGUCGUCGGCGGCCUGGGCGCCGUCGCGCUGAUCAUCCUCGGCAUCUGGAUGCUGAUGCGGCAGAGGAAGAAAGGAAGCCAAGCAGCAGCCGCGGCGGCGGCGACGCAGCAAUACCAGUCCCAUGCGCCUCCGCCUCCCGGCCCCGGCCACCAGGACCCGCACAUGUCGCAAUACUACGGCGCCGCGGCGGGCGCAGGCUUCAGCCCGAUGGACCCCCGCGCGAGCAUCGCCAAGCCGCCGGCCUACGCGGGCGCAAUGCCGCAUAGCCCCUAUGGGUCGCCGGGGCCCGAUCAGGCGGCGGUCUCCUCGAUGACCAGCUCCCCGCCGCACAGCCCUUCCCCCGCCUAUCACCCGCACGGUACCCCGUCGCCUCCGCCACCGCAGCAGCAGCCGGGGCAGUUUGGCCAGCCGCAACCGCAACCGCAACAGCAGGCAUACGGAAACGUGUCGCCUGGGGCGGCGUACCCGCAGCAAGGACAACCGGGAUAUGGUGCUGGUGGAAACGGGUAUCCGCAGCAGCAGCAGCAGUAUACGGCUGAGCUGCCCGCGACGAGGGGGGAUGGAGAGUUGAGGGAGUUGCAGGGCUAGAUAUAGCGGUUUGGCAUUAGGGGCUUUGUUUUUGGCAGUUACGUGUCCAUGAUCUUUCGAGCAAAUUUUGUUUUGCAUACCGUAGGAGUGCCUGGGUAAUUCUCGCUAAAUAUAAGGUAGGUAACUGUGCUGACGGGGUAUCGAUAGGUAGUGGGAUAUGGACACACUAGGUACAGAAGGGUAUCCAGUUGAAAUAGGAAUCAAAAGAAAUUUUACGUACUAUAUCAUAAUCUACGUGGUCU